AAUGAAUUAAACCAUGCAUUGUGAGUUCAGUUCUGUUUUGAGCUAAGAACAGGUUUCCUUGCAUAAUCACCAUCUUUUGUAUUCUCUUCCCUCCUACUAGUUUCAGGUGUGAAGUGAGUCAUUCUAUAUCAAACACCUGCAGUAUAAAGUUAACCACUACAUACCAGACGAGACCCCUAUUCUUCUGCAUACAUUCAGCUGGCAUCAUUAAAUGUGGAAAAAACAUGAUGCUCUCAAUCUCCCGAACCUGCCUCAGAGGAAUCUACAGCUGUCACUGGACCAGUCCAAAAGGAGACCGAAACAGGCCUUGCUGCUGGCUCUCCUUUCUGUCUUUUGUGUCCAUACUUGCCCUGAGUUGGAUGUACGUCUGUUAUAUUGCCUUCAACGACCACAAUGAUGUAAACUGUCAAGCCUUCAAAGCAUUAAAAAAAUGGGUGAACUGGUACAUGAUAGUGAUGAUCGUUUCUGCCGUGCUGGCCACAUACUGCCUCCUUCUACUGGUAUUUGGGUUGCUACACUUAGCAAUCAGAGAGCCCUUGGAUUUACACUGGCUGCAUAAGGUGUUUCUGUUUUUGGGUCUGCUCACUGUUACUUUAGGCACUGCUGGAUUUUGUAUAAAAUGGAUAGAGGAAUGGCAAACUAUCUAUAUGUCAUUUCAGGCUACUGCUCCUUUCCUGCAGCUGGGUGCUGUGGUGGCUUUGACCUUGAUCAGCUGGCUGGUGUUCCAGAGUUAUCAUACAGCUCAAACAGCUGCUUGUAAGGUUUUUAUAAUGAUGACCUUCCUGGUAGUGUCCGCUGCUGUGUUCCUGUGUCCUCUUGCAAUCUGCUCUCCAUGCAUUACCAGUAAUCUUCCCCCAAAACCUGCCCUCGUUGGACAUCGCGGUGCUCCGAUGCUGGCCCCAGAGAACACUAUGAUGUCCUUCAGGAAGAGUAUGGAGUGUGGUGUUGUGGCAUUUGAAACAGAUGUGCAACUCAGUAAGGACAUGAAGCCUUUUCUUAUGCAUGAUGAUGGUCCAAGUUUUCUGCAACGAACAACUGAUGUGAAGGAGACAUUUCUAGGUCGAGAUGCCGACAUGCACGCUAACUUCACUUUGCAAGAGUUACAGACUUUAAAUGCAGGCGAAUGGUUUAUAAGGACAGAUCCAUUCAAGUCAGUUUCAUCGCUCUCAAAGGAAGACAAGAGGGAGGCUAACAACCAGACAGUACCUUCUCUUUCUGAGCUCUUAGUCAUGGCCAAAAAGCAUAAUGUCUCUCUCAUAUUUGAUCUAAAAAAUGAGAAACACUCGACAGGAUUCCACAACAGUGACUCCUACUACACUGCUGAAACGAUAACAAAUUCAAGCAUCUCACCGGACAAGAUAUGGUGGCUUCCUCCAGAAUAUAGACGCAAUGUAAGAAAAUUUUCACCAGGCUUCAAGCAGGUGUAUAAUAAUGCACAAGAAAUGUAUGCGGAUGGUGGAAGCUUCCUGAACAUGAAAUAUAGCUCUCUAAGCACACAUGAAAUAAGUGAGCUGCGGAAUAAUAAUGUGUCCGUGAAUCUGUGGAUUGUGAAUGAGCGCUGGCUCUUCUCAUUACUGUGGUGCUCCGGGGCCAGUUCGGUGACUACCAAUGCUUGUCACAUCCUCAAAAGCAUGUCUAAGCCUGACUGGCAACUGGAGCCUAAUAUGUACAAGGGAAUAUGGAUCUCUGUUGACAUGAUAUCAUUGCUGUUGAUGUUUGUCCUGUUUCUUUGGCAAAGGAGGAGAAAGCAUGUUUUUCAUCAAAACACAAGGGAGAGAAGUGUCCCCCUGCUUUCUCUCUGAAUGAUGCCAUCUUUAUCAUGAGAGGACAUUUCCUUGUUUCACUUUGUUUCACCUGGUUUCACUCAACAAAAUCAUGUGAUAUUUAAUGUCAUGCAGUAAAUUCACAUUUGUGCUUUUAGUGUAGACUGCAUAUACAAGACAAUGUUUGAUAUGAGAAUCUAAAGAUUUGAUAUCAUUUUUGCAG